AUGAGAGCAUCAGAAGCACAAAAAAUUCUAAGAGUCAUACUAUGUUUUGAAGUUGAUUACACCUCUUAUGCUACUUCUGUCAAUGAUUUCUGUGUGGCAGAUUUACAGCUUCCAAACACUCCUUCAGGCUAUCCAUGCAAGUCAGAAACAAAUGUAACAGCAGAUGAUUUUGUGUUCUCUGGCUUUGUACCCGGAAGCACAAUAUUAGACCCUUUUAAUGUUACAUUAACCACUGCUUUUGUUACUAGUUUACCAGGUCUUAAUCGACUUGGUUUCUCUGCAGCAAAGGGAGACUUUGGUAUAAAUGGAACUGUUCCAAUGCACUUUCAUCCUGAUGCGACUGAAUUGCUUAUCAUAGUUGAAAGCCAAUUAACUGCUGGAUUUAUUACACCGGCAAAAGUUUAUUUGAAAAUUGUUAAACAUGGUGAUAUUGUAGUUUUUCCAAAAGGACUUUUGCAUUUUUUAGUUAACACUGGUGUUGGAAAAGCUGUUAUUUUUGCUGCUUUAAGUAGCACAAAUCCCACCAUGCAAAUACUUGAUUAUCUAUUAUUUGGCAACGAUUUAUCAACUUCAAUAAUUGCAAACACUACUUUACUUGAAGUGUCACAAAUUAUGAAGCUUAAGGCUCAGUUUGAUGGCCGUGGCUAAGAUUGCUUAUGAAUCCACUUCUAUGUUUGUUCCAAAUUUAGUUAUGUCGGCAAUAAACUUAUGUAUGUGUUU